UAGCCGCUGGGUGGUGAGAAGGCUUUGUGCUGCUGGUCUUCGUGUCACAGAGUAUCUCAAAUCUUGGUGGCCAUGCUCCUGGAAGGUGCUGAGCAUCGUUGCUCCAUACAGAGGACAAUCUGUGGCCACCAAACCUUGUGAAGCACUGUGCAACCUCUUGCCUGGCAGGUGGAAGAGGAGACCUUUCCACUUCAAGCUCUCAUCACCAGCCAUAAAGGCAGCUGCAAAACAAGAGUGCAAAGAGGCAUAAGCAAGAAGGGAGGGCCAGUCAUUGCCAUUCCCUGGAACGCCCUGAGGCAGCUCGUGUUGCAACACUUCUUGAGAGCUGACUGCUGGCAACAGCGCUGGGCAUUGGGGAGCCGCCUGCCAGCCAGCGCCACAUCUUACCUACGCUUUCCACCAAACGUUUUCGUUGCUGUUACACCAUUUAUUGGAUUUGAUGCCAUUUCUUUAACCACCUUCAAAUGCAGUCAGGCUCUGUGAGCGGGCGUUCGUUCCCCUGCACAUGCCUGGAUCCCCGCAGCUCCGAGCCGUUACAAGGGCUGUGGCUGCACGUGGCCUUUGCUGGAGAACUGCCGCGGGAAGAGUCAUCAUCCUCUUCCUCCUCCUCCUCCUCCUCCAAGGGUCCCACCUCUUCAGCUGGAGAGGUGACUGAGGCUUGAUUGCCUGCUUCCACCAAAGGUCAUUUGCAUGUAACACGGAUAAAAAGAGGAAGAUACCAUCACUCCAGCAGUGAAAAUGCAUAGAAUUCAGCAAAAUUAAAUAUUUGAACAGAAAGAGGAGAAAAUGAUGGAGACACUGAUACUUAUCCAUUGCAUGAGCUUGGUUACUCUAGCAGCCAUGUUCUGACCUGUGUUUUGAUCCUCCUUGUUCAAGUGUGGCAUGCCCAAAAGGUGCUUUUUUAUAGAGUCCACCUCAGCCCCGUGCUACUCUAAGGCAGUAAUGUCCUCAUCAUCCUCUUCAGCGAUGGAGAUGGAGAUCUUCCAGUACAUUGACGUACAUCAAAGUGAUUUCAUCGAGGAUCUUAAGGAAUGGGUGGCUGUGGAAAGUGAUUCUGUUCAACCACAUCUGAGGAAAGAAGUAAUACGAAUGAUGGCGUUGGCAGCAGACAAACUUGCAGUGCUGGGAGCCACUGUUAAUUUAGUAAAUCUGGGGUCACAUCAGCUGCCUGCUGGCCAGGACCUCCCACUGCCUCCUGUGAUUCUUGGGGAACUGGGGAAGGAUCCACAAAACCCCACUCUGUGUUUCUAUGGUCACGUGGAUGUGCAGCCUGCCAAAAAGGAAGAUGGCUGGAAAACUGACCCUUACACACUGACCGAAAUCAAUGGAAAUCUCUAUGGGCGUGGAGCAACAGAUAAUAAAGGACCUGUCUUAGCUUGGAUAAACGCAGUGGAAACAUUUAGAGCCUUGAAAUUAGCUAUGCCAGUAAACUUCAAGUUUGUAAUUGAAGGCAUGGAAGAAGCAGGGUCCUUGGGGCUAGAAAAGUUACUCGAAGAAGAAAGUCAGUGCUUUUUUUCUGAUGUUGAUUAUAUUGUGAUUUCGGACAACCUCUGGCUCAGCAAGAAGAAGCCUGCCCUUACAUAUGGGAGUCGGGGAAAUGCCUGCUUCUCUGUGGAGGUUGAAUGUGGUGACAAGGACCUUCACUCUGGAACUUUUGGAGGCAUCAUUCAUGAGCCGAUGACGGACCUGAUAGCUCUGCUGGACAGCCUUGUGGAUCCCACUGGUCGUAUUCAGAUCCCUGGAAUCUACGACAGCAUUGCUGCCCUGACGGAGGAGGAGAAGAAAUUGUAUGAAUCGAUUGAAUUUGAUCUAGAGGAACAUAAAAAUAAUAGUGGUGUGAAAAAAUUCCUCUAUGGCACCAAGGAAGAAAUACUUCUGCACCUGUGGCGUUACCCUUCUCUCUCUAUUCAUGGCAUUGAAGGAGCUUUUCAUGAACCAGGAAUUAAAACUGUCAUUCCGGCAAAAGUCGUUGGCAAAUUCUCAAUCCGUCAGGUCCCCCACAUGGACCUUUCGGUUGUGAAGCAACAGGUGGUGGAGCACCUGGAGGGUGUAUUUUCCAAGAGGAACAGUCCGAACAAACUGAAAGUGUCUAUGCCUUUGGGUGCGAAGCCCUGGCUCGCUGACGUUAAUGGUCCACUAUAUAAGGCAGCAAGAAGGGCAAUAAAAACUGUUUUUGGAGAAGAUCCAGAUUUUAUUCGGGAUGGUUCAACAAUUCCUGUUGCCAGAAUGUUUCAGACCAUCACACAGAAAAGUGUGAUGAUGUUUCCGAUCGGAGCAGCCGAUGAUGGGGAGCACUCCCAGAAUGAGAAAAUAAGCAGACACAACUACAUUGAAGGAACCAAAGUGUUUGCAGCCUUUUUCCUGGAGAUAUCAAAGCUACAUCAUCACUUACAUGAAAUAUCCAGCACAGAGACCAACAACUGAUAGACCAUCAUAAGAAAAUCAGCAAAGCACAUUUUUAGUCUCAGACUUUCUAACAACUUCCUGAUCUGGAAAAACAUAUAAAUCACAUAUUCGGUGGGUCUGAAUUGGUGGGAAAAAAUAAAUGCCAUGCUAUUACUUGGCAUACUACUAAAUGGCAUGCAUUUGUGAUCUGGUCAAUCAAGUGAUCUUAUCCCUAAUGCUGUAAAAUAGGGGUAGGGAUAAUUCAUUCUGGCUGAGUGAAGAAUGUUACAUUUUAGUUUUAAAAUUCAGAGCAAUGGGAAUUUUGGCAUAUAUUAAAAUAACUUUACUUCAAUUUUUUAGUAUGCUCAUGUUCAUGCCACCCAGCUCAUAUUUCAAUUUCUGAAUAUGAGCAAUUUGCAAUACACUCAUUUCCUCCUAACUAUAAACAAAAUUUCACUAUUUAAUUAUUUGAAGAAAAGUCCACUAUCAUGUUAAUCUCUUCCCCGUCCUUCACAGAAGGCUGUAAAUCAGAAAUGUAAUACAAUUAGCUUGCUGAUUUUGAUGCAAAGACUUGCCUAUGAACAUUUACUUCUGGGAAUAAUCACUGAGGUCAAUAGAACUGCAAUAGUAAAUAAACAUUUCCAGGUCUGGAUUCUGCCUUUCCCCCCCAUUUAAUCCAAAUCUCCUCUUAUUGUGCUGUGAGCCCAGUUCUAAGAAUCACUACAUAAUACAUUUCCUUAAUGUGACUUUCUUCUUUUUGUACAACAGAAAAGAGUUUUUGUAUUUAUCUGUUCUGGCAAAAGUCUGUCAUCAGAAGGGUGCUCUUCCACCCUUUUAUGUUUAAAGCAUCAGUUUACAUUGAUAAUUAA